AGAGAGAGAGAGCGGGGAGCGCCUGAGGAGAGGAAAAGUUUCCCGAGAGUUUGUCUUGGGCUGCGGGAAGGGGCGCGGAGGGAGGGAGGGAGGGAGAGAGGGAGCCAUGGACGCGGCGCCCACUCCCACGCAGCCGUCGCCCGCGCUCUCCCCCUCCUCCUCUUCCUGCUUCCCUCCUUCUUCUUCUUUUUCCUCCUCUCCUCCUCCUCCGUCGGUCUCUUCUUUCUCUUCCUCCUCCUCGUCCGGGGUCUCCUUCCACCUCCAGAUCGGCCUCACCCGCGAGUCCGUCCUCCUGCCCGCCGCCUCCGAGGUGGCCCACGUCAAGCAGCUCGCCUGCUCCAUCGUGGACCAGAAGUUCCCAGAGUGCGGCUUCUAUGGUCUCUAUGACAAGAUUCUGCUCUUCAAACAUGACCCAUCGUCCACAAACAUCCUCCAGUUGGUCCGAGCCGCCAGCGAUAUUCAGGAGGGUGACCUGGUGGAAGUGGUGCUCUCAGCCGCAGCCACUUUCGAAGACUUCCAGAUCCGUCCACACGCCCUUAAUGUGCAUUCGUACCGGGCGCCCGCCUUCUGCGACCAUUGCGGGGAAAUGCUCUUCGGGUUGGUGCGCCAAGGCCUCAAAUGCGACGGGUGUGGGCUGAACUACCACAAGCGCUGUGCCUUCAGCAUCCCCAACAACUGCAGUGGAGCUCGGAAGCGACGUCUCUCCUCCACGUCCUUGGCCAACUCCCAGUCCUUGCGCCUUUCCACCACUGACUCCUUGCCCUCCACCUCCGACGAUUUGAGCCGGAGCUCGGUGGAGCUUCUUCCGCGCCGGAGGGUCUCCUCAGCCUACGUGGGGCGCCCCAUUGAGCUGGACAAGCUCUUCCUCUCCAAGGUCAAGGUGCCCCACACUUUCCUCAUCCACUCCUACACCCGGCCCACCGUCUGCCAGUUCUGCAAGAAGCUGCUCAAGGGACUCUUCCGGCAAGGGCUCCAGUGCAAAGAUUGCAAAUUCAACUGCCACAAGCGCUGUGCCACCCGGGUGCCCAACGACUGCCUUGGAGAGACGCUCUUCAACGGAAGUGAUGUUACGAUGGAGGAGCCCAGCGACCUGAGCGAGGCCGAGAAGAAUUCCCUGAUGGAUGAAUCGGACGACUCCGGGAUCAUCCCCGGAUCCCAUUCGGAGAACGACCUGCGGAUGGGAGAGGAUGCCGAUGACCUCAGCAAAUCCCGGGGUUCCAUGGGCUACAUCCCUUUGAUGCGAGUGGUCCAGUCGGUGCGCCAGACCACCCGCAAGUCCAGCACGGCCUUGAAGGAAGGCUGGGUGGUCCAUUUCAGCAAUAAGGACACGCUGCGGAAACGUCACUACUGGCGUCUGGACAGCAAAUGCCUCACUCUUUUCCAGAACAACACCAGCAGUCGCUACUACAAGGAGAUUCCUUUGUCAGAGAUCUUGGCGAUCGAGGCUGCCCAAGACUUCUCCUUGCUGCCCUCCGGAGCCAACCCUCACUGCUUCGAAAUCAUCACGGCCAAAGCCACCUACUACGUUGGGGAGAACGGCGUUCCCAGUAGCAACCAGCAUGGCGGGGACAGCCUGGAGCAAGCGAAGGCUUGGGAGACGGCCAUCCGCCAGGCCCUCAUGCCGGUCGUCCUUCAGGGCGCUGUGCCUGCCCAAGGCGAGGUGCCUCACCGGCAAGCAUCCUUACGGAUCUCUGUCUCCAACAGCCAGAUACAAGAGAACGUGGAUAUCGCCACUGUGUACCAGAUCUUCCCCGACGAAGUCUUAGGAUCCGGGCAAUUUGGUGUCGUCUAUGGAGGAAAACACCGGAAAACGGGUCGGGACGUGGCGGUCAAAGUCAUAGACAAGCUGCGCUUCCCAACCAAGCAAGAGAGCCAACUGCGCAACGAAGUGGCCAUUUUGCAGAGUCUGAGACAUGCUGGGAUCGUGAACCUGGAGUGCAUGUUUGAGACGCCCGAAAAGGUCUUUGUCGUGAUGGAGAAGCUUCAUGGAGACAUGCUGGAAAUGAUCCUGUCUUCAGAGAAGGGGCGGCUCCCCGAGAGGAUCACCAAGUUCCUGAUCACGCAGAUCCUGGUGGCCUUGCGGCACCUGCAUUUCAAGAACAUUGUGCAUUGCGACCUGAAGCCGGAAAACGUCCUCCUGGCUUCGGCUGAGCCUUUUCCCCAGGUGAAGCUGUGUGACUUCGGCUUUGCACGCAUCAUUGGGGAGAAGUCCUUCCGGCGAUCGGUGGUGGGGACCCCGGCCUACCUGGCCCCCGAGGUGCUGCUCAACCAGGGCUACAACCGCUCCCUGGACAUGUGGUCUGUGGGGGUCAUCAUGUAUGUCAGCCUCAGUGGCACCUUCCCCUUCAAUGAGGAUGAGGAUAUCAACGACCAGAUCCACAACGCCGCCUUCAUGUACCCCCCAAACCCAUGGCGACAGAUCUCCGUCGGGGCCAUCGAUCUGAUCAACAACCUGCUGCAGGUGAAGAUGAGGAAACGCUACAGUGUGGACAAGUCGCUCAGCCACUCUUGGCUACAGGAUUACCAGACGUGGCUGGACCUCCGGGAGCUGGAGAGCCGGAUGGCGGAGCGCUACAUCACCCACGAAAGCGAUGACGCCCGGUGGGAGCAAUUCGCCGCCGAACACGGCCUCCCGUAUCCGGAGCAUUUGCGUGUCCGGCGUUUGGAGGAAGAGGAGGAGGAGGAAGAGCAGCAAGAGAUGGAGGUCAAGGGCUUGGCCGACCGAGUCAGUGUCCUCUGAGCUCUUUUCGCCAUUGGACUUCUCAUUGACAACAGCGCCACCUGCUGGCAUCCUAUGAAAUAGGGGGAAACUCAAUUUUUUAACCUUCGACAUGACAUGACAUCUGAAUUUUUUACUUUUUUACUUUUUGCAAACACUCCAUUUCUUUGUCCUAGUGGAAGUGGAGGACCAAGGAACAAUUCUCGAAUUUCCCGUCGCGUGAAAGGGUGAUCGGAAGCAAAUUUGGAGAAAACCAAAAAAUGUGGCAAUAAAGGGAUCUCGAUGGGUGUAACGGACAUUUCUUUGCCUCUCCGUGGAUGCCAUUGAGAUUGCUAAAACAAUCCCAUACAAAUGAAAAAAUGCCAAAAAUUUGAAGUUUCAGUAGGUUUUGAAUGGGUAAAUUUGGAGAGAAGUGAAAAAUGUCACAACAAAGGGAUCUCGAUGAGUGUAAAGGACGUUUCUUUGCCUCUCCGUGGAUGCCAUUGAGAUUGCUAAAACAAUCCCAUACAAAUGAAAAAAUGCCAAAAAUUUGAAGUUUCAGUAGGUUCGGAAUGGAAGCCGAUGGACCAAGUUUGAAUGCACGAAACCUUCCAAGGAUCUUGGAAGGUUUAGGAGUCAAUUUUUGGACCCCUAGAUGUCAUAAACAUUGCUGAAAUAAUCACAAAGAGUCCUAUAAAGAUGCCAAAAAAUUAAAAGUGCCAGUAGGUUCAAUUCGUGGUCUAUGAGCAAUGAAAAAGAGGGACGUUUUGGCCUGCUCAGAAGGUGAAUCGAAGUCUGGUUUGUGGGACCCUGAGCAGGGGACGAUGGACAUCCCAGGCUUGUAAUACUUCGGCUUCCCUUCUUUUUAAUGGAAGCGAUCAGUAUGGAUUCUUUCAGCCUUGGCUUCCUGCCCUCUGACCCCCCAAACGGCGCAUCGGCUCCGUCUCCCUUGAAGCGGACGGCACUCCGACAAGACUGGCUCCUUGUGCGGCAAACAAAGCCGGCUUUUCUUCCAGCUCGAGGUUUCGAAGGCGAGGCCUUGGGCGAGAAGCGCCUUGGCACCGAAGAGCAUCGCAACAGCCAGCAAUGGAGCAAGGAAAGCAAAUGGAGGGAGUGGGGGCUGCUUAUCUUUCUUUCCUUCUUUCCCUACUUGUGUGUGUUUUUUUUAAAUAAUAAUAAUAAUAUUGGAAGCCACCCCCA